UUAAAUAACUAGAUGAGGCGGCAUGUCCUAUCGAACUAAUCUGAGAAGAAAUGCCGAAACAAACACAGAGGUCAUAGUCUCUUUUAAAGUCCAGGCAAAACCAAUUUUCAACCGUGCAAGUUGUUUAAUAAAAAUUAGUCAUUAGCGAAGAGGUUCUAAUCAUCGAAACAUUAAAUUAUUCAGAGUCUAUUAUGUCUACACUAUUUGCAAACAUAUAGACACUACGACAUUUAAUUACAGUAAUCAUGCAAGUCCCAAUACCCUAAGUUUUACCAUGGACGCAUUGCCAUAGCAACGGGCACCACAACAAAAUUCUAAGCCAAAACAACACGGGUUUAGAUUAACCAUAUAAGUGAAAUAAUGAAUAGAAAUUAAAUAUAUAAUUAUAUAGUUUAAUAUUAAUUAUAUUUUAAUUGUUACAUGUGUGUGGUUUUUGAAAAUUUCAAGGUUUUCUUGUCAAGAUUCGUUCACGUCAAUCAGAAGACUCGAUACAAAUAAAAAAUAUACAAAAGAAAAUGAUACUUUUAAGAGGAAAUACAAAACCAUGUACAAUCAUUUCAAGAUAGCUUUUUAACUGAUUUCAAAAACAAAGAAGAUUCGGGAAAGGUUUUAUGGAUGUUAGAUCAAUAAUGUUCCUGUUGUCAGGGGUUUGUUUCCUGGUUUGGGCAUUAUCAGGGGUGCAAGCUAAAUGGGUGGAAGGAAGGAUCGAUACCAAAGAUAACUGGGCGUUCCUCGCUCGUUUCUGCUUCCUCUCCCUGGAGGGACAGUUUGAGUACCUCAUAGAGUAUGACAAGGACGCCGGUAUACCCAACCUCCUGCUGUACUAUGAUGAUGACUCCCAAUGGCCUUCGGUGUACCACAGCAGUAAGACCUGUAAACAAAGAGAGGAGGUACUGAACAGAGCUGGACAAAACCAGAUCAUCAGGCUGUCACACUGGUACCCUGACACGGAGUAUUCAGGGUGCAUCAUCACGAAACAUAACAAGGAGCUACCAGCUGCCAAGAGCACAACAACUCCAAUAGCAACAGAUCCGCCUGCAAAAAAACCAAAAAAUUCGACCAAGUUGACGCCUCCCGAACCGUCUUACUACGACCAAUUUCUGAAGACCACCACUCGAGACCCCAAAGCAAUAACGGACCCUAAUACCAACACCACAUGGUUUGAAUUGCUACCGACUGAUGGGAAUUUCACUACUAUGACUCCUGAAGAUGAGUUAUGGGAGAGCAUUGCGCCUGGAAACGGUAGCCAUUUUGAAAACUUGAAGGAUGAUGUGGAAAUUCUCUUUGAGAAUGAAAAUCGGAGUGGGCACAAAAUAAAAAGGUCAUUAGAUCUGUACGAGAGAUACCGACGACGUCGUCUGAACGCUGAACCCAAAGCGUUGGCAAGUCAGAGCGAGAAGGAACACCUGAUGGUCUCCUGCCACAACUCCAGAAGGUUCAGGUCUGCCAGGGAGCGGUGGUGGUUCAUUGCCAUCAGUAACUGCGAGAGUAGUAAGGGUCUGGACGUUCGGUACAAAUUCUUGAUGACAAACGGACCUGAUGGUGACUUCUGGCAUGAACACUUCUCUGCUGAUGAAUUUUAUGUCCUCCCAGUACUUUUAGCAUAUACCUUCGCAUAUGUGGUGGUGAUGAUAGCUGUAGUGAUGUGCAGUGUCGAGCUGAAGUCCAGGCACCUUCUCCACUCCACUUACAAGCUGUUCCUCAUGUCGGUCGUGUCCCAACACUCAGGAGUUAUGCUGCAGAGCCUAGCCUACAUACGAUAUGCUGCAAACGGAUUUGGGACUGACAAUGCUAAAAUUGUUGGUCAAUUCCUAUGUGGUCUAUCGGAGAUGUCAUUCCUUCUACUUCUGGUGUUAAUGGCAAAAGGGUAUACCAUAACUAGAGGUCGAUUGAAGGUUGGCUUCACCGUGCGACUGACUAUCUUCAUGUGUUGCUAUAUAGUCACCUAUAUAGUGCUCUUUAUAUAUCAGGCUAAGGCAUUCGACCCAGGUGAAGUGCUGUACCUGUACGAGAGUCCAGCUGGGUACGGGCUGAUAGUGCUGAGGAUCCUGGCCUGGUGCAUGUUCGCCUACUCCACCUUCUUCACAGUCAGGAAGUAUCCUGAGAAGAACAUGUUCUACUGCCCUUUCUUCAUUUGUGGCACACUCUGGUUCUACGCGGGACCCCUGUUCAUACUGACUGCUAACACUUAUAUCGAUAAAUGGGUGCGAGAGAGUGUGGUCACUGCUGUCCUUCUGUUUAUAACUUUUAGUGGACAUAUUAUGUUCUUGUUGCUGACAUUACCAGUAUUUGCGAAUAAAAACUUCCCAUACCACGUGAGGACCACGCAAAUAGGAGUUAUGGAGGUGACUGGUAAUUCGGCUCUUGAUGGCUUCGGUCCGAACGCGUACCAUCCGACGAAUGCAGCACCGCAGACUGUCAUUAUACCAUUGACUAGACGCACAGAAGAGCUAAUAGGCAACAUGUACAACCAAUACAUGGCGACAGCUCCCCCCCUCUCCUUAGAAGACCAGCCCCCAAAACUUAGGAAUAUACCGAAGAGAAUAGAUUCCAUAUCACCAAAACAUCACCUCAUUUCUCAGGACAGUACCGAAACUAACUCAUCAGCUGAUAUAAAACCGAUCAUACAAAAAGAUGAACCGGCAAAAGAAAUAUUUACCGUUGAAAAUCAAAUUUCCAAAAUGGAACCCGCUGUGUUGCCAGUUUCUAAGCCUGUGCCUGUGUUGCCAGAUAGGAAUUUGGAAAAUAAUAAUUUUAAUAGGGGGGACUUGCCUAAUGUUAUGAGGUCAAGGAGGAAUAUGCUGGAACCUAUUAAGAGGGAGGAGAAUGUGCCCUCUUGGUCACUCGCUAAAGGGCCUUGUAUUGUUGGCAUGUUGAAGAAGACGAAGAAUGUUGAUGAGGACUCACCGGACCUCAACAUCUUAACCAACGGCAAGAAGGUCCCACCAGUGAGGAACGGUCUCCAGUCCAGCUCUGGAGAGAUAUCCACCAUCAUGGAAGGUAGAGUCCAGAGCUACCCCAGCGCCGUCAGCAAAGCCACAAUAGAUCUGUUCAGUGUGGGUAGUCAUAAAGGCUGAUGAGGUUUUUUAAGAUUGUAGUCUUGAAGAGUUAGUCCUUUAAUUAACUUACGCCCGAAUACUGAAAGGCUACUCAAUUUUAAGUUGUACUUAAAUAUCGUCCUAUCUCUGUCAUUUUAUAAAGAAUUGAUAGGGACAGAACUAGUUUUGAGAGCGUCUUAAAAUUGAGUUACGUUUGAGUAUUCGGACAUUAGUGAAUUGAACGUGGUAUGAUGCUGAUUUUGUAUUUAAUUCGUAAAUGGCGCCCAAAUGGGACUAAAUUUUGAAAGAAGAGUGCAAUAUCUGAUUGCGUAGUUUAAGAUUAUAAUUAAGUAAUAUAAGAUGUAUUUGUAAGAGUAAUUUUCAUUUUGUUUUCUACGUUUGAAAAACACACACAAAUGUAUAAAAUUACUUAAUAAUGUAAAACAGAAUAAAAUGUUGCAAAUGAAAAUAUUGGCGCCCAAAUGGGCCUCAACAUUUUUAUCUGAUUGUGAUUGGCAGUGAAGGUAGAUUUAGUUCUUUCUAGAACUAUUUUGGUUUUGUUAAAUAUAAAAUCUUCGGCCCAGAGCUGCGGUCUGCCUUGCGGGCUCGGCUCGAAAAUCAGGAGUAGAAACGGGGUGGUUUUUAGUCAGUAAGAGUUUGACACGUGAGUCGAAAGGGAUCGACUCGCCAAGGCGGGAGAAGUUAUUGGAUGGUUUUACCUUCUCAAAAUAAAGUGUAAAAUCUUAGUGAAAUCUAAUUGCAAAUGUUUUAUUUAUUAGUCCCAAUUGGGCGCCAUAAAUGUUACUGACGCCCAAAACGGACUCAAAAAUCAUUCCCAAGAAUAAUACAGAAUAUUUUGAUUGAAAUUAACAUACUAAAACAUAAUUUAGCCUGAAAUUUUUCCUUGUACUUAAAAAUACAAGUACUUGAUCUGUUUUUGUACCCGGAAUUUGCUAUACUUUUUUUAUGACGGGGGGAAAUCUUCAAAAGGCGCUUAGCUUUUUGGGGAUAAAAGAUUAGGGAGUGUGGGCUCUUUACCUCAUUUAAACCACCCCGGUGGCCACCCUCAACACCUGUAAGGGGCACCGAGUCCUCUUAGUAGACCUGCUCCUGAACCCAUACGGAAUCGUUUUACAAACUAAUAACAUAGCUGGUGAAAAGCAAGUUCAUUGUAUACACGGCUACGUAAAACCAGUGUAAACUGACCGUUAAAUGUGGGGAAGGAUAAUAUAAAGCUAAACCAUUUAAACUGGUUUUUUAUAGCUCAUAGUAUAUUCUCUCUACUACUACUCGUAGCUCUUUGUAUGCUCAUCAGUAUAGUUGUGCUUAUGUAUAUCUCAAUCUAAUAUGGCGUUAAACUUGAAAUAAAAAAUAUAAAAGAAAUACAAAAAAAAAACAAUGAUUAUUUCAUAAUCUAUUAACAUUACAUAAUAUUCCAAAAAUGGACAGAAUGUUUCUUGUUUUGAGUGCCAACUUUACCUUUGAGAAAUACAAAAAGCAUAGCAACAAAUAAGUUCGUUCUGGUAUUUGUGUACCUAAUUCAGUUAGGGCGAGAACUGGACUGUCCGGUUUUCUAGGCCGUUCGGUGUCUGUUAAACUACUCGGACAAGGAAUAAAGUAGGUAUACGGGAUGCGGGGAGGGGAAGUGGGACUUAUCAACGUGUUCCCAAUUACCCGCCGUUCUCAAUUACCCCACCUUCCCUACGUAAAAGGAUCGAAAUAAAAAUUUGAAAAAGGGGUAGAUUACGAACUGCAAUAACAUAGGCCACUUAGCCGUUGGUAGGGACUAGUAAUGUAAUAAAUGUUACAAGUACUUUUCACCAGUUAUGUAUACAAUAUAAGCAAUAAUAAAAUGGUACUCAUUGUAAUUUUGUGUGGGAGAGCCGCCAUGCUUGGGUCGGUUUAACCGGAGUGAUACCGAACGGUUCAGCUUCACAGUAUACCGACGUAAAAUAACACUUACAUUGUGUGAGUGAAGUUACCGGAGGCCCAAUUACCCCCCUUUCCAAUCUUCAGAAUACCCGAUUCAACCAUGAUCACUCUUAAAUUCUCAAAAGAUCGGCAACGCACUUGUAACACCUCUGGUGUUUCAAGUGUUCAUGGGCGGCGGUGAUUACUUACCGGUAAGCCGUCUAUCAUAAAAAAAACACUAAAUACGUAAAUAUUUGUAAAUACAAGUACUUAAAAAUUAACUUAUUUCAUAAGACGUGGUGACAAAAUAGGUUUAAAUGAAUUUCCAUGCGUGUGUGUGUGUGAUUUAGUGAUUUUUCUAGUCAUAGUGUUUUAAGAAUAAAUCAUUGAGGAAAU